CGGUUGACCCUCACCUCCGUCUUUUCCUCGUCGGUGUCGUCCCCCGCCAUGUCCGUCGAAGACGAGAAAAUGCAGAGCAUCCCCCAGCUCGACGUCGAGUCUGUCUCGUACACAGAUUCAGACGAUGCCGUACUUGAGACGCUCGGCUACAAGCAGGAGUUCAAGCGCGACUUUUCUUUCCUUGGUCUCUGGUCGCUGUGUUCCAGUGAGCUCGCGGUACUGCCGGGUGUAGCGGGCACCAUCUGGUACACGAUGGGCUACUGUGGACUGGUGGGCAUGACGUGGGGCUGGCUCGUUGGUGCAGUCAUGGGACAGCCUCUUGCUUACUCCUUGGCUGAGCUUGCCUCUGCUUACCCCACCUCUGGCGGUCUCUAUUACUGGGCUUAUAUGACCGCGGCUCCCCGGUAUAAAAAGUUAUCGUGCUAUGUUGUCGCAUGGUCCAUGAUUAUCUCGACACCACUCUCAUGCUGCUCUAUCACAUACUCAGCCGCCCAGCUAUUGAUAGCAACAGCUCAGCUCGCGUAUCCAAACUACAUUGCGACUGUCUGGCAUGUCUAUCUCGUCUAUCUGGCGAUGAUGUUCCUGUCUUACGUGAUUAUCUGCCUGCCGACGAAGUAUGUGAGCUGGUUCAACAUCUGGGCAACCAUGCUCGGUAUCGUCGUCCUCAUCGUGACGACGAUCAUUCUCCCUGCAAAAGCAACGAAUUUGAACUCUGCGAAGGAAAUCUUCACGAGUGUGUACAACCAAACCGGCUGGCCGUCGGGCUGGGCGUUCUGUAUGACCUUCCUGUCCGCGACGUGGACAUUGAGUGGGUAUGAUGUUGCGGCGCACGUCGCCGAGGAGACGAGCCACCCUGCCAUCGCGGUGCCCCGCGCGAUGGUGUGGAGCACAUGGUCGUCAGCGGGGCUCGGAUUCAUCUAUCUAAUCUCGCUCGCGCUGUGCUCGACGGAUAUCGAUGCGCUCAUGGCGAACCCGCUGGGGCAGCCGAUCGGGACGCUGACGGCGAACGUCCUGGGCGAGAAGGCGGGCGUCGCACUGCUCGCGAUCAACUUCUUCUCGCAGUUUGGUUGCGGCGUCGCAUUCUUUGUCGCGGCGUCGCGCAUCUUCUUCGCGUACAGCCGGGACAAGGCGCUGCCGUUCUCGGGUUGGCUGAGCAAGAUCGACAAGCGGACGCACACGCCGAACAACGCGUCGCUCGUCGUGUUCCUGCUCUCCGCGGGCUUCGGCGCGAUUUCGAUUGGGUCAGACACCGCGUUCGAGGCGUUCUUCUCGGGCAGCACGCUCGCGGGCCAGAUCUCGUACAUCCUCCCGGUACUCGGCCGCUGUCUUUACGAGGACAACCCUGAAUACACAUCCGGGCCGUACAACCUCGGACGCUGGAGCAGGAGCAUCCGGUGGCUCGCCGUAGCGUGGAACUUUUUCAUCAUGCCGCUCGUCAGCUUCCCGGACACUCCAAUGCCUGCGCCGGCCGACAUGAACUGGGCCGUCGUUGUGUAUGUUCCUUUCCAGAUUCUCGCGAUGAUAUACUGGUGGUUCUGGGGGUACAAGUCCUUUACGGGCCCCAGGGCAAACCUCCCGAAGAAGGCGCCCAGGGACGGGGUGGACGAAGACGAGAAAGACAAGUAGAUAUGCUGCCUAGAUUUCCUAUUUGCUUGCGAUUAUGAUUUGUACUGUUCCGUUUUUUUGCAUAUUGCUGGUGUUGUAUUCCUGGAGUGUAUCAUGCACGUUCUUCGGUUCUCG